AGCGCAGCGCGGCCGCCCGCCGCGGUCACGGGGCGGCGCCGGUACCUACUUAAGGCGGCGGCGGGGCGGCGGGGCGCGGCGGUCGCGCUCACCAUGGCCGAGGCCUUCGCGGGCACCUGGAAGCUGGUGGAUUCGGCCCAUUUCGAUGACUACAUGAAGGCGCUGGGCGUGGGCUUCGCCACGAGGCAGGUGGCGGGCCUCACCAAGCCCACCACCAUCAUCGAGGUGGACGGCGACAGGGUCAUCGUGAAGACCCAGAGCACCUUCAAGAACACGGAGAUCAGCUUCAAGCUGGACGAGGAGUUUGACGAGACCACCGCCGACGACAGGCACGUCAAGUCUGUGGUCAAGCUGGAAGGAGGCAAACUCGUCCACGUGCAGAAGUGGGAAGGCAAGGAGACGUCGUUGGUGCGCGAGCUGAAGGAUGGGAAGUUAAUUCUGACUCUCACCAUGGGCAGCGUGGUCUCCACCCGGACCUACGAGAGGGCGUCGUAGAGGCCGCUCCCAGCUCCCCGCCGGUGCCGGACUCAUCACCGAGUUGCCUCCUUCCCCUCGGCGGCAGCUCGCGCGCGACUCGCGGUGAUGGCGGAGCCCUCUGACCCCAUCGGAGCCGUCUGCCGCCCUGAUCCCUGUCGUCUCGUGGGGGUGCGUGGGGUUUGGGUUGUUGUUCCGUGGUUGGGGUUUUUUUUGGUUUUGUUUUGUUUUUUUAAAUAACGGAAGAACCCACGUGGGGAAAUAAUAAAACCAAUGUUGUUACA